AUGGCUCGAUCUAUGUCUCAAACCCUAAUCCGAACAUCUCAAUCGUCUUUCUUGGCCACCAAGCCUCCACCGCCUCAACAUUUCACUCGCCUCGUAGCUUUCAGAAACCAAUCGAGCCAAUCUGAGAACUCCCACGUCGUGGAUCCCAACCACAUCGACCCAGAGACCGAAAAGCGCAAUGCUCCGGCUGUGCGGAGGAUCGAGGAUGCCAUACACCGGAUCAUCGUGAAGCGAUUGGCGCCUGAUUGGCUUCCUUUCUACCCCGGAGCUUCGUACUGGGUCCCUCCUAAAAGGGAGUCCUACGGAAUAGCCGAAAUUUUUCGGAAGAUGUCGAAUUCUCUCAACGAAGAGGAGGUCAUGUCUCUUACAAUGACCCGCGGUUGGCCUUCUGCGACCUUCUUUGUCGAUGGUGCACCUUCAAAUCCGCCAGAAAUAGAGACAAGUUCCAAAAGCAUAUCCAAAUCAGAGGAUGAGGAAGGAUAA